AUGAAGUCACCUGCCACAACAAAGGAGAUACAAAGUCUAACGGGUAGGGCGGCAGCUCUCAACCGAUUCCUCUCUAGAUCUACCGACAAAUGCAGGCCAUUUUUCAAAGCCUUGAAGAAGGGACACAAGGAUAAGUGGGAUGACGAGUGUGAAGUAGCUUUUCAAAACUUGAAAACUUACCUCACUUCACCUCCAUUGCUCUCAAAGCCGAUACCAGGCGAAGACUUGUACAUCUACCUAGCGGUGUCCGACUCAGCUGUCAGCUCAGCUCUCAUCCGAGAAGAGCUGGGGGCACAACAUCCGGUAUUCUACACUUCAAAAGCUCUCCUCGAUGCAGAGACUCGCUAUCCGAAAAUGGAGAAGCUCAUUUUUUCGCUUGUGGUUUCUGCGAGAAAGUUAAGGCCAUACUAUCAAGCACACCGGAUAAUUGUCAUAACAGAAUUUCCUUUGAGAUCGAUCCUUCACAGCCCCGACGCUUCUCAGCGACUCAUGAAAUGGGCUAUCGAACUCAGUCAAUACGACCUCCUCUACCGGCCGAAGACUGCUAUAAAAGCCCAAGCUUUAGCAGAUUUUGUUGUAGAGUUUACUCCGACAGCCGAAGAAAAGAAGAUGGUUACGAAAAGCAAGGAAAAAGCGGACGACACCUCCCCCACCGAUUCGAACCUACCUAACAACAUGUGGCAGUUGCAUGUAGACGGAGCAUCAAAUCACAAGGGAGCGGGAGCGGGAGUCGUCAUAAUCACCCCAGACGGAACCUUGUUGGAACAAGCUAUCACACUAGGCUUUUCUGCUUCAAACAACGAGGCAGAAUAUGAGGCACUGCUUGCAGGACUACGCCUAGCGAAAGAACUGUCGAUCAAGAGACUGGCCGUCUACUCAGACUCCCAACUGAUCACGAAUCAAGCCUCAGGCGAGUACAUGGCAAAGCACCCAAGAAUGGUUCAGUACCUCGACAAAGUCCAAGGACUUUUGAAAGAAUUUCCUACUUUCACCAUCCAACAAAUUCCACGGGCAGAGAACACUCAUGCAGAUGCGUUGGCGAGCCUAGGAUCAGCACUGGACACCCAGUUCAGACGCUCCAUCCCAGUUGAACACCUUGACCGGCCAAGCAUCGAAGAAAUAGAGCCGAUCGACUCAAUGCAGAUUGAUGAGGACCCCAGCUGGCAAGACCCCAUCAUCGACUACUUAGUGAAUGGAAACCUGCCAAUGGAUAAGUCCGAAGCUAGGGAGGUCCAGCAGAAGGCCGCGAGAUACUAUAUGCACGGCAGCAAGCUCAUCCGUAGAUCAUACUCCGGCCCUCAUCUCACCUGCAUAAAGUACCCUCAAACACUUGAAGUCCUCUGCGAAAUUCACGACGGCGAGUGUGGCAACCACUCGGGGGGCAGGUCACUCGCCCAGAAAACUCUAAACGUAGGCUAUUUCUGGCCUACCAUGCGCCACGACUCCGCUGAAUAUGUCAAAAGAUGUGAUCGUUGCCAACGAUACAAGCCGAUCCCUAAUCUGCCUGCCGAAGUUUACCAUCCACAAAACAGUUCAUGGCCAUUCAUGCAAUGGGCCAUCGACUUAAUGGGUCCCUUGCCACCGGCGCCUGCCAAGAAAGAAAUGAUGAUCGUCGCCACCGACUACUUUACUAAAUGGAUCGAGGCCGAAGCUCUAUCCUCUACUAAAGAAGCCGAUGUGGAGCGAUUCAUCUGGAGAAAUAUCAUCUGCCGGUUCGGCUGCCCACAAUCGUUGGUCACUGACAAUGGCUCACAGUUCAUUGGCAAGCAGAUCACCGCCUUCUUUGCGAAAUACAAGAUCAAACAACACCUGUCCACUCCAAGGUAUCCACAAGGAAAUGGGCAGGCUGAGGCAUCCAACAAAGUCAUAUUAGACUGCUUGAAGAAAAGGCUAGAAGGCGCCGAAGGGAAAUGGGUGGACGAACUCCCCGGAGUACUAUGGGCUUAUCGCACCACCAAACGAAGGUCGACUGACGAAACCCCAUUUUCCCUUGCCUAUGGAACUGAAGCGAUCAUUCCUCCUCACGUCAAUGUCCCCUCUAUAGGCAUUGAAGUCGGCAGUAUAGAGCAGAACUCCGAGCAGAUGAGACUCAACCUUGACUUACUUGAAGGCGAGCGCGAGAAGGCCAUUGUGCGAGUCGCCUCCUAUCAACAGCGGUUGAAGUCCUACUACGACAAAAGAGCCAAGAUCAGACAGUUUCAACCUGGCGACCUUGUGCUAAGAAAAGCCUUCAUCACUGCACAAAGACAAGGGUCUAAGAAAAUAAAACCCAAUUGGGAAGGCCCUUAUGUGAUCAGCCGGUCCGGGGGCAGAGGAAGCUACACGCUGGACACCAUGGAUGGGAAGGAAAUUCCACGGCAAUGGAAUGCCUACCAUCUCCGAAAUUUCUCAUUCCAAAAUGUCUCAUCUACCUACAAAACACAACUGUUGUCCAUAAGCAGCGUCCUUCGGGAGACGCAGGGCAACGACCAGAAGCGUCCUUCGGGAGACGCAGCCCAUAAAAAGCGUCCUAAGGGAGACGCAGGGUGCGCCAGGAAUUUCCUAUGGGAGGUAUCCAGGUUCCUAUCCGUUCCCUAA